GUUGUCAUGUAGUAUGAUCCACAGAGCAAAAAGUCUGGCUGUCUGCAGCUGCUUUGGAAAGAGGAGUUCUGGAGAGAGGGAGAUAAAGUGACAGGAAGCCGGUGACUGUGGUUUAAAUACAUAGAAUAAAUGUAAUAUAAUCCAUAUGGUGAUUAGUAAAGUGGAAAAGCUAGCGGAAAAGGGAUAAUCUGUAACUUCUUUAAAAAGUUAAAGACAACACGUUUAAGGCUCCAUCAUGUCAACGGUAUCGGCAGAGACGGGCCCAGAGGAUGCCAAUAAUCAGAGUUUCUGGAUGCCAGGGAACUACCAUCGGACAGUGAAGCGGACCGAAGACGCCUUCCAGGCAUGUAAUGACAUAGUGGCAUGUUUUCAAGAAAGGGCCAGGGUUGAGCGGCAGUACGCUCAGCAACUGAGUGAAUGGAGUACCAAGUGGAAACCCCUAGUGGACACCAGCCCUCUUUAUGGCUCUCUUUUACAAGCAUGGCAGUGUUUUCUGUCUUCUGCUGAUCGUCUCUCCUCACUGCACGCCUCCAUCUGUCGGUCUCUGGUGUCGGAGGACGGAGAUCGCAUCCGGACAUGGCAGAAGGAGACUUUCCAUAAGAAGAUAUUUGGAGGUUUCAAAGAGUCCCAGGAUUUUGAAACGGGUUUCUCACGUGCCCAGAAGCCUUGGGCCAAGCGACUGAAGAAGCUAGAGAAGGCCAGGGCAGCGUUUCACAAAGCAUGUCGCAAGGAACACAUGGCACGUGAGCGUGAGGCCCACGCCCAAGGCAACCCUGACAUUGCCAUCGAGAAACAAAGGAGGAUCCAGGAAGAGACGGAACUGGCCCACCAGGAAACCGAAAAAGUGCGAGCCCGCUAUGAGAAGGUUUUGGAGGAAGUUACACGUUACGCUCCACGCUACAUGGAGGAAAUGGAGUCUAUCUUUGACCAAUCGCAGGAGGAGGAGCGGAAGAGGAUAAGCUUUCUCAAACAGGCUUUUUUGUCAAUCCAUAGACACUUGGAUGUCACUAAUAAUGAGAGUGUGAAAGCGGUGUAUAAUGAGCUCCAUGACACUCUGAUGUCCAUCAGUGAGCAGGAAGAUUUGCGCUUGUGGAAGAACACGCAUGGGCCUGGCAUGCCCACUGACUGGCCUCAGUUUCAGGAGUGGACUGCAGACAAGAAGCAUAAAAGGGGAAAGAAGGAGGUGGAGCAGAAGGUAGCGGUAAUGGAGAGAAGUGUUAUGAUUGGAGGAGUGAGAGUCAGAGCUCUUUAUGACUAUGUUGGACAGGAAACAGAUGAAUUGUCCUUUAAAGCAGGUGAGGAGUUUCUGAAGAUUGAGGAUGAGGAUGAUCAGGGUUGGUGCAGGGGCAUGAUGGACGGUGGAAAAGAGGGCUUGUACCCGGCCAACUAUGUGGACGUGGUGUAGAAGCACAGGACAGCACAGAGCUCCGUCUACUCGCAGUCCUCAUGCUAAUGCUUGUUAAGAGACCCCUGGCUGUAAAUGAAUCCAGCUGUGGGGUUCUUAAAUGCACAGGUGCCCAGGUUUAUGCCUGUUUUACAGCCACUUUUAUUGAAGUUUGCUUUGUUUUAUCUGAACCGGGUAUGGAUGGUAUGCUGAUAGUGGAUUAAAGUUGAUGUGUGAAGCUUAGGAUGUUCAAAUGUUUCCAAAAGUGCUUUCAAAAAAUCUUGAGAAAAUUGUUAAAAUGUGUUAUUGUGUGCCAUCCCUCCUGAAAAGACCAUCAUAGCUGGUCGCCAGCAUAUGUUGUGUUUGGUCAAGCUAAUUUUUGCUAUCCUCAGUCUCGCAUAUAGACGGCUUGGGUCUGUGAUGGACUUUUCAUUAGGGAUGUUGUGACUUUAAUGGAGACGAUCAAAAUAGAGAAUUUUAUAGAUUAUAUAAAUAAGUACUGACUCCUAUAAUAUAAAUAGGUAAUAUUGAUACGUCUUGAUACAUGAGCCUACACAUUGUCAGUAUUUUUGAUGACACCAAAGACUUUAUCAAUAACAAAUUUCUUAUGACGACUCACACUAUGAACAUAAGAUGAUAUUUGAUCCCUGUGUAAAAGGGGCCAUGUUGUUGUGCUGUGUUAAUUGAUUUGACAUUGUGUCAUGUGUAUCUUUUGUUGUUUUGUUAUGUUUGUUACUUGUUUCACAUUAGUAACACUAAGGCAGUAUUAAUCAUCACCCCUUUAAAGUGAGACUUAUGAAGGCCUCUUCUUGUUCAUUUCUUUUAUGUGUAAUGUCAUGAUAUCCAAAGAUUAUGUAUGCAACCGAGGGUGAUGUUUGUUUGUACGAGUAAAUGUUAGUAUGCACCAUCCCUAAUUUAAUGCAAAUACAAUCAGUAUUAAAAGGGAUACAGAUUC